AAGAAUAAGUCCACGGUCUUUGGUCAAUCAAACUAUUUUUCUGACGUUGCCGCCAUUGAUGUCUUCUUACUGUUUUUGUUUGAGUACUUACAAUAAUUAUAGUGCAAUAUGCCGAAAAACAUAACUAGCGAAGUGCGAGAUAUAAUUUUAAGAGUGAAAGAGUUUAUGGAUGAAGAGAAACGUAUGCAAGUGCCAAUAAUACCGCUUAGUAAAGUUUAUGUGCGAGUGUCCGCUGCCACAGGUGUCUCCGAACGGACUGUAUUAAAUAUAGUCAAAGAAGCAAGACUCGUGGAACAGGGUCUUAUUGAUCCUGAAACAUUAAAAAAGACACCCAAGAAAAGAGUUAGAACAAAAGGUAAAAUCGAAGUAGACGAAUAUGAUUUACAAGUUAUUAGAAGGAAAAUACACGAAUUCUACGCAUUCAAAAAAGAAGUGCCUACAAUCAAUAAAUUAUUAGAAAUAUUAAAAGAGGAAAUAAACUUCAAAGGCUCCCGGGAGACGUUGAGGAAGAUUUUAAGAAAGAACGGCUUCCAAUUCAGAAAAACUAAGAACAAUAAGGAGAAGGAACCGGCGCCAGAGGCGACGUCGUCUGUGCCUCCCAUGGUCGCGCCAUACAUCCAUUCAAUGUUCAGCCAUAAAAAUAUACAGUAGUAAACCAUGGGUUUCCAAGGAGUUGUUACAUUGUCAUGCACAUAUAGAGGUUAAAAAAAUACAUUUUUUUUUUAUUGAUAUUAUAAAUGAGAAAGUGAUUAGUGAUUUAUAAAUUAUCCACCCAGUGUGAUACAGAAAUAGCGUUCCCUCUUACCAGAGGGAGACUUUGUACAAAAGUCGAUUGCUUGGGUACCUCUGUCCCAUUCGUGUUUCAACCGUGAAGCAGUUGUGUUUGCAUGGCUGUGUUUCGGUUUGAAGGGUGGGAUAUGGCGUGAAUUUACAGGGUACAGAGGAAUAACACCUGAGUCCUCAGCAAUGGCAACGCAUGGGGGCUAUCAUGGGCGAAACAGUAUACUCUGUCUAUUAUGAACGUUUGUCCUAAACAAAUAUGUAAGAAAACAAGAUACAACUGUGAAUCUUCCAUUCUAACAUGGAGUUAUUUAAAUGUAGGGAUGGAAGGGUUUUAUUUUUUUAUUUUUCGACUAUUCAGUUAAAUCGUUUUGUUGUUUUUAUCUUAUAUUUAUGGUUUUGAAAACACUCAAAUAUACUAUAUGUACAACUAUGUGACGACCCCUUAUAUUCUAGAUUGUCUAGUGAUAUUAAAAUUUAUAUCCUCGUUAUUGUAUAACCCUCAGUUUCAUAUCUUAAUUCGAUGAUCUGUUUUCUUUUUUCUGCGUGCUAUUAAAAGACUGGUUUCAUAUUGUUACCUGCCAAUAUUUUUUGUCAAUUGAAAAGAAAAAAUGCAAUGGUAACUACUCAGUGGAAUUAUUAAUAUAAGUUUAAAUUUAUAUUAGUUUUGUCUAUAUUUGUAAAUUAAACCCAGUUUUAUAAUUAAACAAUUAUAUGGUAUUUUCUUAAAUAGUUCAAUUAUUGCUACAAUUUUUUUAUGGUCAAAAUCAUGUCUACAUUCGUGAAAACUUUGUGAUGAAAUUUCAUAUAGAUAGCUCAACAUUAUUAUUUUUAAAGUAUCCAAUAUUUAUCAAUUUUAUAUUAAAAUUUAUUAAGUGUUCAGAUUAUUGACAGUCAUGCACAGCAUGCACUAGUGUUUUUUUUUUUAUUAUUCAUAUUUGAAAAUAGGUUCCAUUUUCAAAUAUGUAUAAAAAAUAUUAAACUGGUUUCGUAUUGUUACCUGCCAGCAUUUUUUAUUUAUCGAUUUAAAAAUGAAUGAAAUGGAAAUUACAGUGGGGUUAUUAAUUUAAGGUUUUAUUUAAUAUUAAUUUGGUCUAUAUUUGAAAAUUGUUCAGUUUUACAAUUAAACUGCUCCUGUGUAUUUUUUUUUUUAUAUUGCAAUAUUCUUUUUUUUUUUUUAUUAUGAAAAUAUUUUAUGAACGCUCGUGAAAAAUAUGUAAUUGUUAAUUGAAUAACCAUUAAUUAUAUAGCAUUCAGAAUUUAAAUUCGUUAGAUGUUCAUAUUAUUGUAAACAGUCAUGCACUAAUGUUUUUUUUUUUUUUUUUUAUAUACAUGUAUAAAAAUGGAACCUAGUCAGGGGAAACUUAAAAAAAAAAGAUAUGCAAUAUUUCUAAACUCAAAAAUUAAUACUGAAUUAAUUUUUUAAAUACUAAGUUAUUGAAUUAACAAAUUGACGACAUUGUGCUAAGCUCACGAUUAAUGUGGAAAAUAAAUAUCUGCUAUAAAUUAGUGUACAGAUAGAGAUCUCUUAGGUAUAAAUAUAAACUAGUGUAAAUUAUCAUAAAAGUUUAGUAUUAAGUCAAGUUCCUUUAUUUUAAUCAUGAUGUUUAAGUAUGUUUUACAAGUUACGCCUCAUGUGUCUUUGAAUAUUGUAAAUACCAUAAUUUGUCACUUUCAUGUUGAAAUUUUUUACUUGUGAACAUGAAACGCCAUCUUGAAAACAUGUGUAAGUUUUGUAAGUUGUUUGACGUUUUUAUCAAUAUAUUUGGCAUAAUGGAAAGCGAAAAUGUAUACUAAAUUUAAAAAAAAAAACAAUGGUAAUUUUAUAUAAGGAACACAGUUGCAAUGUGGAUCUUAUUGUAGGUCUGUUAAUACAAUCCAGUCUACAUAUGAUCAAUUUUAUAUGAAAAGUAAAGUAAUAAACGUCGCCUACCUACCGACGUUCAAAGUUGUAUAGUUGUUUUGACUUCGCAAGAACAAUGGCUGGGUUUAAAGCUAUUUAUGUACGUGCUCGUCGACCAUACACAUCUAGAUGGAGUGUGAAAUGUAAAAACGCGCCGAAAAAACGAUCAGCAACGUGUUGGUCCGACACUUAUUUUUUUAAACAGAAAUCUCGUUUAUUUCCAACAUUGCCAGCAGUAGGGAACUGUAUUUAUUUUUAUUCGAGCUGGUUUGGCGGACCUUUCCAACUCGUAUGCAAAGACAAUUUAUAUCUAAAUUUUAUACAUUUAAGACCGGUGUUGAUGGGUGAAAAUGGUAUGGUAACCCCGCCUGCGCUAACGGGAUACGCUGACGGGGCACCAGUGAAGGGUGAUAGAUGAGAAUGAAAACAGGCCAGUUAGCCCAUCAUGAUGAUUUCAUCAGGAAUUAACCAUGAUAGUUUCCAGGGGGAACCGCGAGGAGGUCGACCGGGUUGGGUAUAUUUUUAUCCCGUUAGCGCAGGUGGGGUUAGUAACCCUAUUAUACCAUUUUCACCCAUCAAAAAAAGAUCCUAUACGAUCUAACGUUUUUAACUCAGUUUGAAAACUUGUACAUCAUGUUUUUUUUUUUAUAAUUUAGAAAUAAUUAUGUAAAUAUUGAUAGUUUUAAAAAUCGUUUUUCUUUCAUGUGGAGAGUGUAUUUUAAAUAUUUAUACUAAGACAACACUCGAUUAUGGGGUAUUCUAUAUUUAUAUUUUUUUAGUUGUAAAAGCAGUAUGUGAACUGAAAUUUAAACAUCAAAAGAUGUAUAAUGCAAUCAAAUUGGCCUGCACAAUAUUUAUAUAAUGUUGUCUCUUUCCAAAAAAAUAAAUGAAAGAAAGAGAUAGGUAUUGUUGGCGGACUGUUAGUAGUUAUAGAUAGUAGUAUAAAUUGCAAUAAAACUUCAUUUAUAUCUGG